UUUAGGAGACAACCUUACACUUGAAAUUCCAGUUAUGUCGAGAAGCAGAAUCGGUCCUGAUCCCGUUUCGUGUCAGUCUUGCAGGUCGAAAAAAUUGAGAUGCAAUCGAGUUCAACCGUGCUCAAACUGCACUUCACGUGGUAUCACCUGCAAUUUCCUUGUGCCCCCGCGAAGACGACGAAUAGAGUCGACUUCAAAGACACACAACAAUGCAGAAAUCUUAGAACGCAUUGAGCGACUUGAGUCAAUCGUUUUACUGUCCCAUACUUCGCAACAUGCUCAUCCUGCCAGACUACCGCCUGCCUGGUCCGGAACGGCUGACACGGUUACGCCCGACAUCUAUGAACAGCCUGAAAAGGACUUAGAAUACCUAGAAAACGUUGGUACUAAUGAAGACACACUUGUAAGAAUCCACACGAUAUCACUUUCCUAGAUGAUUGGAGCUUUUAUACAAGUCUUUAACGAAUGAAUAGCUCCAGCCUUUAUCGAAUGGUCUAUCAUUUACUAUUCUAGACGCACACGAUACUAUCAACCAACAAGAUCGCUUAAAAAGCACAGACCGUACUAUAAAAUUUCCUGCUUACUCAAUAGCCGUUUCAUUGUUUGAGAAUUACGCGACUAGUGUAGACCAUGCGAAUCUGUUC